AAUCCGGAUCCUUCUGGGGCGCCCAGCCUCCCCUCCUGGCCUCCCACCUCUCCUCCCGCAAGCAACGCGGCACAAUGCAUCGCGGUGGGAGGCAGACUCGGCUCCCCUACGCGGCGGGGAAGCGGCUGCCCCUCCCUCCGGAUCACACAGGGUUUUUGCGGUAGUGGUGACAGCCGGAUUGGGCACUGGGGAAGCAACUGAUUUGUCUACUGCCCGCAGUCCAUAGUUGCCUACGCUGCCCGGAGAGGAGGAGAGAAAAGAGAAGAGAAGAGAAGAGGAGAGGGGAGAGGAGAGGAGAGGAGAGGAGAGGAGAGGAGAGAGAGAGAGAGAGAGAGAGAGAGAGAGAGAGAGACUUACAAAACCUUCCAUCCAUGUGGAGUAGUCUGAGCGAAUCACUGCCCACCGUCUGCAGACUCCAACUGUACUUAGUUUUCGCCUCUGCUGGGGGCACGACUGCUGAUCUUUCAAGCCAAGUCUCCAGUACUUAACAUCUCUCUGCCGGCAGGGAAGGCAAGGAGUUGGCAAGAAUUUGACUCACCCAUUCUGCUGCAAUCCUCUACUGUCCUGGUGUGCCAGUCUUCCGCCAUGACUGAUACUGUGGUGAACCGAUGGAUGCAUCCUGGUGAUGGCCCGCUUCAGUCAAAUGACAAGGAACAGCUACAGGCAGGAUGGUCCGUCCAUCCUGGAGCAAAGACAGACAGGCAGAGGAACCAGGAAGAGCUGACAGACGAGGAGAAGGAGAUCAUCAACAGGGUGAUUGCUCGGGCAGAGAAGAUGGAGGCAAUGGAACAGGAGCGCAUUGGGCGCCUGGUGGACCGUCUGGAAAACAUGAGGAAGAAUGUGGCCGGGGAUGGUGUGAACCGUUGCAUUCUGUGUGGAGAGCAGCUGGGCAUGCUGGGCUCUGCCUGUGUCGUGUGUGAAGACUGUAAGAAGAAUGUCUGCACCAAGUGUGGGGUGAAGACCUCCAACAACCGCCCACAUCCGGUAUGGCUGUGUAAGAUCUGCCUUGAGCAGAGGGAGGUCUGGAAGCGCUCAGGAGCAUGGUUCUUCAAGGGUUUUCCCAAACAGGUUCUUCCACAGCCUAUGCCUAUAAAGAAGACCAAGCCCCAGCAGGCUGCUGGUGAGCCUGCUGCUCUGGAACAGCCUACGCUUGAAUCCAGGCACACAACCCGAACUCCAGCUCAAGGUGACAUGGAGGAGAGGAGGGCCCCAGGUCAGAAGCCAGGCCCCGAUUUCCCCUCUGCUCCUGGGCGAGGAAGCCAUGGGCCUCCCAUGCGCAGGGCCUCUGAGGCACGAAUGAGUACAACUGCCCGGGAUUCUGAGGGCUGGGAGCAUGGUCAUGGUGGGAGUGCUGGAGAUGCCAGCCGGAGCCCAGCAGGUGAGCAAGGUUUGAGGCGGGCUAACUCAGUGCAGGCCUCCCGCCCUGCCCCGGCUUCAAUGUCAAGUCCGGCACCUCCUCAACCUGUGCAGCCAGGGCCCCCUGGGGGCAGCAGGGCCGCUCCUGGGCAAAGCACAGAGGCCACUCCAAGCGACUCUGGUUAUCCAGGGGCUGUCGCCCCAGCCCGGGAGGAGAGGACAGGACCCGCAGGGGGCUUCCCGUCAGCUCCCCACACUACAGGCCCCUAUUCCCAGGUGGCCCCUGCUCGUCAGCCGCCACCCGCAGAGGAAGAGGAGGAAGCCAAUAGCUAUGACUCUGAUGAAGCAACCACACUGGGUGCCCUGGAAUUCAGCCUCCUCUAUGACCAGGAAAACAGCAACCUGCAGUGUACCAUCAUCAGGGCAAAGGGACUGAAGCCCAUGGACUCCAAUGGCUUAGCGGAUCCCUAUGUGAAGCUGCACCUGCUGCCUGGAGCCAGCAAGUCCAACAAACUUCGUACAAAGACCCUACGCAACACGCGGAACCCUGUGUGGAAUGAGACGCUGCAGUAUCACGGCAUCACAGAGGAGGACAUGCAGAGAAAGACACUCAGGAUCUCCGUGUGUGAUGAGGACAAGUUCGGCCACAAUGAGUUCAUUGGCGAGACCAGGUUCUCACUCAAGAAGCUGAAGGCUAACCAGAGGAAAAACUUCAACAUCUGCCUGGAGCGGGUGAUCCCGACGAAGCGUGCAGGGACCACAGGGUCAGCCCGUGGCAUGGCACUCUAUGAGGAGGAGCAGGUGGAGCGAAUUGGCGACAUAGAGGAACGUGGCAAGAUCCUGGUGUCCCUCAUGUACAGCACACAGCAGGGCGGCCUCAUCGUGGGCAUUAUCCGCUGUGUGCACCUGGCCGCCAUGGACGCCAAUGGCUACUCAGAUCCCUUCGUCAAGCUCUGGCUGAAACCAGACAUGGGGAAGAAAGCCAAGCACAAGACUCAGAUCAAAAAGAAAACCCUGAACCCCGAGUUUAAUGAGGAAUUUUUUUAUGACAUCAAACACAGCGACCUGGCCAAAAAGUCCCUGGAUAUCUCAGUAUGGGACUACGACAUCGGCAAAUCUAACGAUUACAUCGGAGGCUGCCAGCUGGGGAUCUCAGCCAAGGGUGAGCGCUUGAAACAUUGGUAUGAAUGUCUGAAGAACAAGGACAAGAAGAUUGAACGCUGGCACCAACUGCAGAACGAGAACCAUGUGUCAAGUGAUUAGGACCUAGCGCCCCAGUGCCCCUGUCUCCACCCUAGUUGCUCUCCCCUCUCAGAGCCUUCCUUGUUACCCUUGAGUCUUUGAUAUCUCUCCCAGUUCAUACUGCUGCCAAAGACCUGCUCCCUGGGCUGCAGGGUCUGUAUGCGAGCCCUCUCUGGUCCCUAGGGUAGGGUGGUGGGAGUGGGGAGAUCUGACCUUGAACCCGUACAAGGUCAUUCCCUGUGUCCUGUCUACGUGUCACUUUGGGCAUUGGCAGACCCACAGACUGUAGGGACCAGCACAGGGACAGAAAUUGUGCAUCGAGACUGCCUCUGACCCCCCUCAAGACACCCCAAGAACAAACAGACCCACCCCGACUUUUAGACCUACCAGGAAAUAGACAUACAGAAUAGACAGAGGGUCUGUACCCCUCUUCCAGGAAGAUGCCCAGCUGCUUCCUAAGAAGCUAACCUAAUCUUCCUAACUUCCCUUGCUCUCUCUCCUUGCACCUCCUUCCUCCCUGCUCACCUUCCAGCCUACCAAUGCCCCUCACCCACCCUCCUGCCCUACUGCCUCUCUUCUCCUCUCCCCUCCACAGUGGGGGAUGCGAGGCAGAGCCUCCCCUCUCCUUCCUGUGCCCAUUGCCAGCCUAGUCAGCAACCUCACAAGCUGAAUAAACCUGGCUCCACAACCCUGAAGUCACAUUUUCCAUUGGCAUGCCUGGCUGUCCUCGGCCUGGGGGCUGCAGCGGGCACAGCCUGGGUGCAUGGCAGCCUCCUCCAGCACUAUAGACACCUUGAGGUCCAGGAUUUUUUUUUCAUUCCUGGCCCCCCAAAUGGGUACAGGUGGCACAGAGCUCUGGAUCUGAGGUGACCUCCCAGGCUACGCAUUUUACCCCAUUUUCUACUCUUCAGCAAUGAACAGACACAUUGCCCCCCUCUCCCACCCAGAGCCCUGCUGUUCUCUGUCUCUCUUCCCCAAGGUUCCUGGGGGCGAUCAAAUAACAAGAACUCUAAUUGGGACAGAACAGCCUUGGUCUGUCACAAAUCAAGAGGUAUGUGGAGUCAGGCCAUCAUCCACGCACGAGAAGAAAGUCUAGUUUUUCCCACUUUGAUAGUGUUUCCCCAUCGGCGUCCAAGCCCUACCUCACCCCACUGUGACCGUCAGAC